CCACCAACCGCUCGCCAGGCCUCCACAACCACAUACACCCUCUCACUGAGACAGGCAGAUAAGAGAGUGGAAAGAAGGAGAGUGUGGCUUGUUCGGGGUGCAGCGAAGCACAAGCCAUCCAGGUGACAAACGUGGAACUCUACAGACACUUAUAUAUGUCAUAUUUAGUAGAGAGAAAAAUGACGGAACAGCAGGGAUCCCCAGACCAGCUUCCUGCAGACAAGGGCCAAGGAGGAGCUGGAGCCACAUACAAGUUGGCCGUAUUUGAAUAUGAGAACUUUCGUGGAAAAAAAGUAGAGUUGUCUGGUGAAUGUAAAGAAUUACUGGAGAAGACACCAAAAGUCGGCUCAGUCAUUGUGGAGUCGGGACCAUGGGUGGGGUUCGAGCGUCCAGGUUUUGCGGGAGAGCAGUUUGUGCUUGAGAAGGGAGAGUAUCCUCGCUGGAGCACCUGGACCAACUGCCAGACUAGCUACAUUUUGAGCUCCUUCAGGCCUCUGAAAGUGGAAAGCGCAGAUCACAAGCUCCACCUUUUUGAGAAUGCAGGUUUUGAAGGCAGAAAGAUGGAGAUUGUUGAUGAUGAUGUGCCCAGCCUCUGGGCUCAUGGUUUCCAGGAUCGUGUGGCCAGUGCUAAAGCCAUCAGUGGAACGUGGGUGGGAUAUAUGUAUCCCGGCUACAGAGGGCGCCAGUAUGUGUUUGAGCAUGGAGACUUCAAGCACUGGAAUGAUUGGGGAGCCCCUGCACCUCAGAUCCAGUCCGUCCGACGUGUGCGGGACAUGCAGUGGCAUAAGAGAGGGUGCUAUGUUGCCCCUGCACCUGCCCCAGCUCCAGCGCCUGCCCCUGCUCCUGCUCCUGCCCCAGGCCCAGGCCCUGGCCCUGCCCCUGCCCCAGCCCCCGCCCCUGCCCCAGGCCCAGGCCCUGCACCUGUACCUGCCCCUACACCCCCAAAUCCCAAAACCAGUCCCAACACCGCUCCCAAAUCCCAAACUGCACCCCAACCUUAACAGCACACCUCUAACAACUCCCACAGCAACUGGGGAGAGCUGAAGACAGCUGGCUAGUCCCCAAUCUCUCUUCCACGACCCUUAUUAGUUUAGGUCAUAUUGCAACACAGUUUUGUAAAACUGGAACUAAAAAAGAAAAAAUGUAUUACUGUUGGAAAUAAAGGUUUUGGCCCUGA